AUUUCGCUGUGGCAUCGAUCGGUUUUUCUUCAAAAAGAAGUUUGUUGUUUAAAUUUUUCAGAAAAUAUUACAAAUUUGUGUUCAGAAGUCGACGAAAAGUGUUGCAACCGAUUCCCGGCGCUCGAUUCCGACAAACUAGUGACCAGGGGUUAAGAACGCUGCUGUAUUACGGUGUUUAUUUUCGGUUUCAUUUUUCGCUUUUCCCCCACUCGGCGAGAGAAGUGCAAAAUAUGUGCGAUUCACUGCGACGGGCGUCGAAAAUAAGAUGUCUACACCUGUAAAGCGUAAAAUUACACUCGAGCUCAAUCCAAACAAGAAAGUGCUUCCAAAGGAUCGUCCUAGCGUGUUCCAGCGUCUCGGUACGAAGAAGUUUCCGCUUCCGGUGUCAUCCACGGGUGGAAUCGUACCCGGAAAGCAGCACCAAGAGCAGGAAUCGGGUAUCAACAAGGAAGAAAUUGUUAAACGUAUUGUUGGCUGUGACGAGCCAGAACCGGUUCCAGCGCCGAAGAUCGUCCCGGAGAGUGUAUCAGCACACGCCCGGUUAAUCGAAGCUCAACUAGCGGCCAAACUUGGAAAAGUUAUAGUCAGUCGAGGUGAAACUAUCGGCGGGGUUGCUCCUGUUCCGCCCCCAGGGCCCGUCUCGAGCAAGCACGAAACGGAACGCGGUGGUCAUAGUACCUCAACAGCCAGCGACCGUGGAGGUGGUGGUGUUGGAAAUAAUAAUUCCGCACCAUCUGCCAGCGCAGGAGGAGGAGGAGGAGGUUGGGAUCAAUCCACACUGGAGAAUGCUGAUCAAGACAUCCUAGAGCGCAAACGCAAGGAACUGCAGCACGAACUAAAACUGGAGAUGGAUGCCAGCGGAGGUGGAAGCAGCCACCAUCACCAUCAUCGUCACAUGUCAUCGUCGACGAUGAAACAAAAGUCCGCCAAAGAGACGUUGGUGGUCAAAAAGAUCCGAAAAGUACCGGCACCUCGACGAUCGUCUUCUAGCUCGGACAGUUCGAGCAGCAGCGGAUCGGAUUCGUCUGAUUCUGACUCGAGCUCUAGUUCAAGCAGCUCUAGCCGCGAUUCUCGAAGGGUGAAGAAACGGGUCAUACGACAACGGCGGGAUUCUAGUUCCAGCUCAGAUGGAGGUAAAAAAGUUAUCAAGAAGCAUACGAAAAAAGUAGCUCCGGACGGAACGAAGCGCAUUUUGACUAAAAAAGUUGGCACACAUUUAACUACCAAGAUUCGAGUUAAGAAAGUAACAAGUCCAGGUGGUACAAGCCACCUACGUAAGGUGGCCCGUGAAUUAUCUCCCAGCGGAAAAACACCCACAAAAUAUUUGGUGAAGAAAAGUGUGGCCGUGAAGAAGGACAAACACGCUGUCGUUGAUGCUCGUGAACGGGUUCGCGAAAAGGAACGUGAACUCGCUCUUCGAGAGAAGGAACGGGAAAGGGAGAAAGAACGAUUGCGUCUUCGUGAGCGAGAAAGGGAACGGGAGCACGUAAAAAGUCGUUCACCUCGUACGCUUAUUCGAUCCCGUUCUCCACGCUCGCGUAUUUCUCCCGCAGCAGUUUCGUCGUCUUCUCGUGGCAGGGAGAUGGCAAAGAAGUCACCUGAACCAUUGCGGUAUCGUGAACCACCUGCAACCGUCGUAAGACGCCCCGAGCGUUCGCCGGAACGCAUCGACGAUCGAAGGAGACACGAGUCAUUAAAGGAUCGCGAACGUCGGGAACGCCAAGAGAGGGAACUGGCUAGAAAUAAGGAACGUGAGGAAGCACUGGCCCGUUGUCAAGAACGACAACGUGAACGUGAGAGGUUAGCAGCCGCUGCAAAGGAGAAAGCCCGUCGACCGGUUGAAAAAGAUGUUGGAUUGUCGAAAAGUGAUGGCGGAUUGGAGAAACCUGAUCGCCACCGCCCGGUGGAACGUUUGUUGCCUCGUCCGGCUGAACGGGCACGAGCUUUAGCGGCUGCUAGAUCGCCUGGAAAAAUUGAUCACGAUCGUAGUCGAACUCCAAAUUCUCCCAGAAGUCGUGACAGGAUUGUUCCCCGAGAACGCUCGUAUGACCGUGGGGCCGUCGAAAGAGGAGGAUACAUUGAUCAUCAUGAUCGACGCAGUCGUUCCCGUGAGAGGGAAUAUGUUACACCGAUAGUUAGAGGUGCACGAUCACGGGAUAGUCCAUUUGAGCGACAUGUACCUCCACCGAUUCCAGCGCGCGAAGUCCGAGAAUAUCGAGAACCUGAACCGCGGGUAUUUGUGGAGAAAGAUCGUCGUGUCCAUGACUACGCCAGAACCGAUUAUCCUGAUGAUCCUCCACCCCGUCGCGAGCAUGAAAGGGAGUGGGAACGUGAUCGAGAACGCGAACCUGAUCGUGGUCCGCCGCAACGUAGUUUUGAUAGGCGUGGCGAUGACCAUGGAAGGGACUGGGAUCGGGACCAUAGCCAGCCAUCGCAUAGUCACAGCCAGGAACCUUAUCAAGGAACAUCCAGAAGCUGGGACGAUGCACAUUGGAAAGAAAGCGACGGGUGGGCUAAAGAAAAAGAACGCGGUGAAUGGAAGUAUCAACAAGAGCGCCAGUGGGAGCAUGAAGAUCAUCCAGCAGUUGGACCACCCCCGCAUGCGCAUAACCAUGGCGGUGGAGCUCGUCGAUGGCAACAGAGUCACCCGGAACAGAAUCAAGGUUCUACUUGGCAUGCAAAACCGAAAGAGGAGAUGGACUAUGUCCCACGCCAUAAAUUAGCCGGAAGACUUGGCGAACCACCUGGCGGUGGGAACGAUCGGGGAAUGUUCCGGCGUCAUCAUCCUGGACAUCAACCAAUAUUUAAUCCUGGUCGCAAAAGUCACAUAGGAAUGGGUCCAAGUCGCUUCGGCGGGAAUCAAGGCAAAUAUAGUAUUAAUCGCACUAUUGGAGGUCAGCAUCAACACCAACCAACGGGAUCUGAAAAUUUGCAUCAACAUUCUGGUCCGCAUACACAACAGCCACCACUAGGAAACGAAAGUCGAGAAAGUCCUGCUAUCAUCGGACAAACCGCUCCGCGGUCAGAAGUAGGAAAGUUUAUCUCUAAAACAUCUGAAAGCCCUUUCGGGCAACCCACGCCUUCCAGUAGCAAGCUAACGGAUAGCGUUGCACCGGCUGCUGCCGUUGCCGAGUGGGAUGAUGAAUUGGACGUAGUUCCAGUUCCCGUUGUUCCAGCCGUUGCAGCGGAUGGUGUUGCUUCGACUACUGCUGUAGUCGGUCCCGGGACUGGUUCUGUUGUUGCGGAAGGUGUCACAGCGGUUGCGCCUGUUGUCGAAAAGGUUCCAGAAACGGCUGUUCCCGAUUUGCCGGCACUGGACGAGGAUAAUCUCAGUGAAAUCAGUGACGAUUUGGAUGAUAUUUUGACAAGAGAAGAGGAUGACGAACUGAACGAUUCCACACCGCAUACGAUUCCAAUUGGUUCGUCGGAUACUACCGCAUCAGCAGCACCCUCCAGUACAGCAACAGCAGCUCUUAGCACGUCAUCUUCGAUGAUGAUUCCAUCGCAGGUCCUGCAGCACAACCCGCACCCGAGCCAGUUUCAGCAGCAACCAUCCCGCCCAAUCCCAAGGCGUCCUUUUUUAUCUAAAGCUCGAUACAAAUCGUAUGACGGUUGUAUCGGAGGUCCCGGGACGGGACACCCGCCUGAUCUUUAUGCCAAUGUUGAUGAUGGCGAUAAAGGGUCAUUUCCGAUCGACGUGACGAGUCAACCGAACGAAUCGGCAAAUGACGAUAAGCGUCCAUCAACUGAACACGACCCUCUCCUUAGUCAAGGCACCAGCUCGGAGAAACCCCUGGCGGGCGAAUCACAACAGCACACCUCGGCCACCAACCGCCCGGAAGGGUCCGGCUGUUCAGCCGUAUCCGAUCAGGAUCUGAAGGAUGCCAAGGAAGCAGGCAAGCUGCACGCCAAUAAGGAGCUGAAGGAGGAGAUGGACCUAGACUUCGAGGAAAUUUCAGAUGGCGAAUUAGAGGAAGAGAAUAAGGUUAAAGGUCUUGGGGACGCUCUGGGUGUCGAUUGGGCUAGCUUAGCACAUGAAACGCGUGCCAAACUGAAACCAGAACAAACUAUUCCCGUGUCGGCACGCAAUCGCUGGAAAGCUCAUCACAUUCUGCUGGAUAUUGGAAUUUCCGUGCGUCUUGCUGGGGAAGCAUACGCACAGCGCGUCCUUACAGAAUCCAAGGAGAAGCUACGUGAAGAGAUAGAAGAGUUUAAAGCUGCUGCCGCCGCAGUCGAACAGCAAAAGGUUGCCGCUGUAAAGAAAGAGCAAGAAGAGCAACUCUUUAACGGAAUAAAAAUCAAAAAGGAAGUUCUGGAUGAGGACGAACAAGAAGCGCAAAAAGAGCUGGAGCGAAAACAGUCGACCAUCAAAAGUGAAGAACCAGCAAAAGCUAGUGAAACUAGCGAGCAGGAAGCGAAUUUAGCCGGAAUAGACAAAAUUCUACAUCCCGUAGCAUCCGUUCAUGUAGCCAUGCGUGAUCGGGCACAGGCCCGUCGCAAUCUUAUAUUGCGAUCUUCGGGACCGCACAGCCGUGCGUUGAGUGCUCGUCGUGAUUUGGAAAUCCGACGUCAGCUGUGCGGUUUCCCGCCACAGGAAUGUAACGAGCGCAUCACCGAACACCAGUCGGUUCCUACCAAUCCGGAAUUGCACGAGACCGUAAUGAAACUGUUCCAAUCCACGAUGCAACCGAAGAAGAUAGAAGUGCAGUAGUUAUUUUACGAAUAUUGUCAUGAUUUUAGCUUGCGAUCAAUGAUACAACAGUUCACUUUAACGCUAAUAGUUUCUAGGAUUAAGCUGUUUACCUAUACCUAUAUAUAUUAUUGAAUGUUUCCCCUAGGCAUCGGCGGGCACUACAUAGGCGUUAGGAAGAAUGCAGUACUCUUUGCUUUGCACCAAUUUAACCUACUGAUAGCGUAUCGUGUUUGCAGCAGUUGUCUUCUUCUUCUCCGUUGUGUAUCGAAACCUGAUGUGUAGAUCAUGAAUAAAGUGAUGAAAGUUUUAUCAUCCAAUAGGGAUCCAAAA